CUCUCUCUCUCUCUCUCCCGUGCAUCUGAAGGUUUCAAACUCCCUAUUGAAUCUUCUUGGCAGCCGGUGGCACAAAAAAUAGCUUUUUUAGAGAGAGAAAGAUUCAUAAGGAAAAUGACAAGCCAUAUCCAUUAUUGUUUCCUUCUCUUCUCUUCAUUUUCUAUUUAAAAAAUCCUUCUUUCUCUUGAUUUUUACAUACCCUUCUUCUCUAUUUUCAUCUUCUAGAUGCCCAUCUGAUCUUCUUUCUCUUGUCUCUUAAAAGAAUUGAUCUUUCUUGAUUUAUUUCAAUCUAUUUGACCCACAUACCUUUCUUUUAACUUCUUUCUGUACAAUUUGGCUCUUUAUUUCACAGUUUCAUUGCUUAAUUUAUUCUGGGUUUGCUUGUUUCCAGCCGUUCAUUUUUCUCUCUAUCAAUAGAUAGCCUUUUAUAUUCCUUGUCUUUUCUUUUUAUUCUCGAGUGAAGAACUUAAAUAGAUUUGGGUUUUGAUUUGGAGAUUAAAAGAUGAUGAAGAUGACAAUGGAGGGAAUGAUGGAUAAGGGAGUAUUGGAUGAUAUAAUCAGGAGGCUAUUGGAUGGAAGAGGAGGCAAGCAGGUGCAGCUAUCUGAGGGAGAGAUCCGUCAAUUAUGUGUUAAUGCACGCCAAAUCUUCCUCUCUCAGCCUAAUCUCCUUCAGAUAAAAGCUCCCAUUCGCAUCUGUGGUGAUAUACAUGGACAAUAUCAAGACCUCCUGAGGCUAUUUGAGUAUGGUGGCUUCCCUCCUUCUUGCAACUACCUCUUUCUUGGAGAUUAUGUUGAUCGAGGGAAACAAAGUUUGGAGACCAUAUGUCUGCUUCUGGCCUACAAAAUCAGAUAUCCUGACAAAAUUUCUCUCUUGAGGGGAAAUCAUGAGGAUGCAAAGAUCAAUCGGAUAUAUGGGUUUUAUGAUGAGUGUAAAAGAAGAUUCAACGUUAGGCUUUGGAAAAUAUUUACUGACUGCUUUAAUUGUUUGCCUGUGGCUGCACUCAUUGAUGAGAAGAUACUGUGUAUGCAUGGCGGCCUAUCUCCAGAGUUGGAGAAAGUGGACCAAAUAAGGGAAAUUCAGAGGCCCACUGAAAUUCCUGAUAGUGGUCUUCUUUGUGAUCUGCUCUGGUCUGAUCCUGAUGCCAAGGUUGAGGGCUGGUCAGACAGUGAUCGAGGUGUUUCAUGUACCUUUGGACCUGACCGUGUUGCGGAGUUUUUGGAUAAGAAUGACCUUGAUCUCAUUUGCCGAGGUCAUCAGGUGGUGGAAGAUGGAUACGAGUUCUUUGCUAAACGAAGAUUAGUCACAAUAUUUUCAGCGCCAAAUUAUGGGGGGGAGUUUGACAAUGCUGGUGCUUUAUUGAGUGUUGAUGAAUCUCUUGUAUGUUCCUUUGAGAUAUUGAAGCCAGCUGCAUCAGCAAGCAGUUCGAAAUUGCCCCUUAAGAAGCCUCCUAAAAUUGGAAAUAUCUGAUAUGGGACAAAGGCAUUUGGAGAUUUCCAGUUUUGAAUAGGAGAUAGAGCAAGCUCACCUCAUGCAACAGAUUGAACUCUGUUACGGUGCAAUCUUACAAGAUGAGAAACGUAUUCCCUUAUUAAAGUAGCAGACGAUUCAAUUUGCAAUGCAGAUUAGUAGAGGGAAAUUCUGUAAAUCAAAAGCACUGGCUAUCUUCUGGUUAGGAGCUGAAAAUUUCACACGGAACCCCAUUCUAUAACUUCCUGUUACCGCUCAUUAGCAUAUGCUAUCUACCGAAUGAGAAUAGCCCGCCUUGAUUUUUGUUGAGUUUGUACUGAAUACCGUGGUUUGCUCAUGUAAGUCCUCUUGUUUACCUAUUACCCAUCCCAAAAAAAAAAAUAAAAAAAAAUAAAUAAAUAAAUUCAUUUGCCGGCAGCAUGGCUUGCAUCAGAUUGUACGUUUUCAAGCAACUUGCUUUUGAUUCAAGUUUUCUUGCACAACCUGUAAAUAACAUGUCCCAUGUUUAAUAAAAUCAAGCAACCAGGUUGUGGUUCAGGCUUGAAAGAGACUACCAUACAUUGAACAAAAA